AGGGCGCGUGCGGGCCGCCGCCGCCGAACAAAGGAGCAGGGGCGCCGCCGCGGGGACCCGCCACCCACCUCCCGGGGCCUCACCGCGGCCUCCCGUCCACCGCCACCAUGACCGCCAACGGCACAGCCGAGGCAGUGCAGAUCCAGUUCGGCCUCAUCAACUGCGGCAACAAGUACCUGACGGCCGAGGCAUUCGGGUUCAAGGUUAACGCGUUGGCCAGCAGCCUGAAGAAGCAGCAGAUCUGGACGCUGGAGCAGCCCCCUGACGAGGCGGGCAGCGCGGCCGUGUGCCUGCGCAGCCACCUGGGCCGCUACCUGGCGGCGGACAAGGACGGCAACGUGACCUGCGAGCGCGAGGUGCCCGGUCCCGACUGGUGCUUCCUCAUCGUGGCGCACGACGACGGCCGCUGGUCGCUGCAGUCCGAGGAGCACCGGCGCUACUUCGGAGGCACCGAGGACCGCCUGUCGUGCUUCGCACAGACGGUGUCCCCCACCGAGAAGCGGAGCGUGCACAUCGUCAUGCACCCUCAGGUCAACAUCUACAGCGUCACCCGUAGGCGCUAGGCGCACCUGAGCCGGCGGCCGGCCGACGAGAUCGCCGUGGACAGCGACGUGCCCUGGGGCAUCGACUCGCGCAUCAUCCUCGCCUUCCAGGACCAGCGCUACAGCGUGCAGACCGCCGACCACCGCUUCCUGCGCCAUGACGGGCGCCUGGUGGCGAGCCCCGAGCCGGCCACUGGCUACACGCUGGAGUUCCGCUUCGGCAAGGUGGCCUUCGGCGGCUGCGAGGGUCCUUACCUGGCGCCGUCGGGGCCCAGCAGCACGCUCAAGGCCGUCAAGGCCACCAAGGCGGGCAAAGACGAGCUCUUUGCCCUGGAGCAGAGCUGCGCCCAGGUCGUGCUGCAGGCGGCCAACGAGAGGAAUGUGUCCACGCGCCAGGGUAUGGACCUGUCUGCCAAUCAAGACGAGGAGACCGACCAGGAGACCUUCCAGCUGGAGAUCGACUGCGACACCAAAAAGUGUGCCUUCCGUACCCACACGGGCAAGUACUGGACGCUGACGGCCACUGGGGGCGUGCAGUCCACCGCCUCCACCCAGAAUGCCAGCUGCUACUUCGACAUUGAGCGGCGUGACCGGCGCAUCACACUGCGGGCGUCCAAUGGCAAGUUUGUGACAUCUAAGAAGAAUGGGCAGCUGGCCGCCUCGGUGGAGACAGCAGGGGACUCAGAGCUCUUCUUCAUGAAGCUCAUCGACCGCCCCAUCAUCGUGUUCCGCGGGGAGCACGGCUUCAUCGGCUGCCGCAAGGUCAGGGGCACCCUGGACGCCAACCGCUCCAGCUAUGACGCCUUCCAGCUGGAGUUCAACGAUGGCGCCUACAACAUCAAAGACUCCACAGGCAAAUACUGGACGGUGGGCAGUGACUCCGCGGUCACCAGCAGCGGCGACCCUCCUGUGGACUUCUUCUUCGAGUUCUGCGACAACAAGGUGGCCGUCAAGGUGGGCGGGCGCUACCUGAAGGGCGACCACGCAGGGGUCCUGAAGGCCUCCGCGGAGACCGUGGACCGCGCCUCGCUCUGGCAGUACUAGGGCCCGCCCGCC